UGGGCUGCUGAGCGUUGAAGUGAGUGUGCUCGCUCGUCCUCCUCUACAUUACUCGAGCUGCAGCGGCUGCGCGCGCACACGCACGAAGGCACGCACGAAGCGCUUUCCUGCAGCUCGGCUCGGUGAAACUCUCGCGGAUCUGCCGGAUUGUCUUUUUAUUUUUAUUUGUACACUGUCAGCAGAAGACACUCUGGAUUUUACGCAUUGGUCACGCCGUGCGAUGAUGAUGCACUGAGAGGAAAAAAAGCGCAGGAUCGUGGGCUGUGUUCACCCCCGAAGGCUGCAGUGAAGGCAGAGAGAGCUGAGAGUGGUGCAAGCAAGGUGAACUCAGUAGUCCACAUCCUUACCGGCGUGGGGGGAAAGGGUGCAAUCUCGACCCUCUGCAGGGGGGGAUCGGUGGAGAAAUCAAAACCAGAUCCGUAAACUAAAUUAUGGCCACUCUACUGCGGAAAAUCGGUCUGAUCCGCCUGCACGACCGUGACACCGAGGACCCCAAACACCAUCAAGGCUCUUUAAAGGGCACCAAAGGAAACCAGAAAAACAACAAACACUGUCAGACGGCCAACGACACCAACAUCCUCAGCACCCCGGAGAUUAAGGCCAGGAAGCUGGACCAGCAGGGCAAGGACAAGGAGAAGCCGGGCAAGGAGGCCAAGGAAAAACAACAGCAGCAGCAGCAACAACAGCAAACCGGAGGAGGUGGGAAUAAAAGCACCGGAGCCUCCUCCGUACCUGCGCUCGCCCCUCACCGGCAUCACUGCACCCAAGUGCGGACGCGCAGGCUGAUGAAGGAGCUGCAGGAGAUCCGGAGGUUAGGGGACAACUUCAUCACGGUGGAGCUGGUGGAGGACAACCUGUUCGACUGGAACGUCAAGCUGCACCAGGUGGACAAGGACUCGGCGCUGUGGCAGGACAUGAAGGAGACCAGCACCGAGUUCAUCCUGCUCAACGUCACCUUCCCCGACAACUUCCCCUUUUCGCCGCCCUUCAUGCGGGUGCUGACGCCCCGCUUGGAGAACGGCUACGUGUUGGACGGCGGCGCCAUUUGCAUGGAGCUGCUGACCCCCCGCGGGUGGUCCAGCGCCUACACGGUGGAGGCCGUCAUGAGGCAGUUUGCAGCCAGCCUCGUAAAAGGACAGGGGCGCAUAUGUCGGAAAGCAGGCAAGUCCAAGAAGGCCUUCAGCCGUAAAGAAGCCGAGGCCACCUUCAAGUCGUUGGUGAAGACCCACGAGAAGUACGGCUGGGUGUCUCCGCCCGUGUCGGACGGCUGAGCGCCGACCCCUGACCUCCACGCACAAAAUGACACAGCACGCUAACUCAACAAUCUCUCACACUCACCUUUUGCUGUAGCUUUCUUUGUGUGUGUGUGUGUUAAUUGGGGGAUUUGUUUUUAAUAUGCAGACAAGAUGAUCACCACCGUCAUCACCACCACCACCAUCAUCAUCAUCACUUCUACAGGACGUGACUUGCCGUCACUCUCGCCCAGGGAAAUUCCUUCCCCAUUUUGGCAAAGGCCUGAGCGGGACGUGUGUGUGCAUUUGGGGAUGCAUUUGUUUCCUUAAUUGUUUUUUGUUUUUGUUUUUUUCUUCUCAUGCACGUGCAAUUGGACAAAGUGUGGACUUGUGAAGCUGAAUGAAGCAGACUCAUCCCUGCUCCUGUCGCUCUCUCCUCGACCCCCCCCCCCUCCUUUUCCUUUCGCCAUUAGUCUUCGUCGUCUGCGUACGGAUGUGGGCUCAUUUGCAUAUAAAUGAAGCUGUUAAUGUUUAAUAGAUGGGCAGCGUGCCUGCUUCUACGCUCGCUCGCUCCUUCAUUUCCUCUCUUUUUUUUCUGUCGACUGUUCGGUUGCCCACACUUGGAUGCAACGCGAAGAUUGUAAUGUACAUGGAGCUGUGCUCUCUCUCUGGCUCUCCCUGUAUCUCCUCUCUCCAAGCUGUCUCGCCCACCGUCUUUCUUGUCUUUCGUGGCUAAAUUCAGAGCUCACUGUUGUGUAGAUGGAUUUUGAUUUCUAAUGGACGGGGAAAAAAAAGUCACAUGUUGCAUUAUGCAGAGACUUUGUAUGAUACAUGGAAUGAUAAUCAUCUCUCGGUGUGUUGAUGAGACCACUUCGGUCCUUGUGAUUUAAGAUGGUCGGGCCUCAUUUUGUGUGUAUGCGUGAAAGGGACACAGCCCUUUAAAACAGAAAAUAUGAACUGUGAAUGACACUAAGGCCUAAAGAGUUACUGUUUUUAAGGGAAUAUGUGUGUCUGUGUGAUCCAUACAAAACAACCAAAGUCUAGCAGGAAAUCCGCUGUGCUAUGAACACACUCGUGCGCACAUCUACUGUACCUGCGUGGCUUGACCGCAGCAGGCGGGAGCUCGCCAUUGCAAUGAAUGUACGCUCCAGAGCACCACAUGAUUGCGCAGAGAGAGACAUCCGCGGGUAUUAGGAAGGGGGCAGACCGAGAGAAAGGGACGUAGGGCGGGGGCGCUUCUUGGAAAUGUCAGCGAGCUGCAAGAUGGGGGAAACCUGCAUUGGCAACUUAAUGGACGCACAGGAAUAAAAAAAAAACAUAGACGACUAGGAGGCAAUGUUGGAACACCUGGAGAGGAAAAUUUAAAAUAUGGAAUUGCUUCCGAAAAGAUUUUCUGCAAGACGGACAUUUUUGGACUGUAGUAUUAGGAAAGGAGAGGACGUGCAAAUGGAAGGAUGUUUAGAGUUUGGUUCCACUGCAGUGUGACGGUACACUCGCCUGACUGUCUCAUCAAUUGGGAACGAUUCCCUCCUAAACACCAAAUCUCAACAGUCUAAAUCAGUCCUUAGUUAGAACUAAAAAUGACUUAAAAUUAUGCUAUUACGCUAACUAUACGUAUGUAAGAAUGUACAGAAAUCAAUCUGUGUAAAAUCGUCCACAAUGUUGCUUCAGCACUAUGUCCCAAUACUUCAGGCCACAUAGCGUACGUGAUGACGCCACUCUGGCAUUUGAAAUGUGUCCGCCCUGUCAGCUCGGCUUCCGCGCGCGCGUUACAUUCUGCUCUGUGUCAGUUAAAUGUCAUCGGCAAAGCUGCUAAUUGGGCUGACAUUUCCGCCAAGCGUCAUUAAAGAGAGACGGGCGGUUGAGAGCGAAAGGAUGGAGGAUGUCAAACCUCCCGCUCGGCCCCCCUCCUCCACCCGCUGGCAUUUCGGUUCCCGUUGCGUUACCCCCGCUGUGUUUGUUUUAGGAGAGGAAGGGCAGACGGAGAAGUGAGGUUGGAGGAUGCGUGUGGGUGCGCAUGUGUGGGGGGAAAAGUGUGUUUCUAGCAUAACAAAAGACAUGACAUGACUAAAGUUUCAUUUCCGGGUUGAUUGUAUAGUCCUCUAAUGGCUCACCAGUACAGAAAUACUGUAAAUUGAAUUCAUAUUAUACCACAAAAUAUCUCCAAGUUGAGUGUUUGCUGCUUUGAAGCCAAUCAUUUUGUGAUAGAUUUAAACUGGUAGUUAGCAGACACUAACAGCUGGUUAUCUUGUAUUAUAUUUGCAUGUCAACUGUGAUUGGUAGCUACCUAGUGUAUAUUUUCUUUGUUUUUUUAAGAAAAGUGAGGAAAAACUGCAGAGAUGAACAAAAAUGCAAAGGCUUCUCUUGUUUUUGGUUUUUGGAGGGCGAAGAGGGGUUUCUGUACUGUAUGUGCUUUUCUUUUUACGCGUCCUCAAAUGUCAUAUUGUCUUCUAUGAAUGUGUUUUAAUUUAUUUGUUGUUUGCCAAAAAUGAAGAUUUGAAGCAUGGUGCAGGUAUUGUCACAAGAAAACAAGGGGGGGGAAUCUUAGCUAGAAUGAUAUUUGUGUUCAUUUGGAGGACUGAAGGACAAAGUUGCAAAGCCUCAACACCUUAAAGGGACUUUUCCCUUGGAAGAAAAUCCCAUCACGACCCAAAACAAAGUCGCAACACCUCCCAUAAAGUCACAACUUCCCGUUCGGUCCUGCAGUCAUUUGGCUUCAUGCAGUUAAAACUAAAAUGUGGAUAGAAAUUUCCCUCCCUCAAAUCGCAGUUGUAGGAUCAGUCUUGAUCUCCCAGUGCUUCACAUCUCAUUUGUCAUAUGGGCAUGUGCACAUCUGACCCGAGAUCAGCUACUCUGGACAAUUCCAUUCUCCUGACUUGAUUGUUUGGUCGAAAAAGUGGGAAAAGGUUCGUUUGCAAGACCAAACAAGAAUGUGCAAUAAAAUUCACAGCAUAUUCAAAGUGA